AUGAGGAGGCUUUUGCGUCGUACAGCAAGAAGCACAGGCAGAGCUGGUGCUAAUAAGGCGGCGUUGGUGUUAUGGGCAGCAUCGGCCAUCUGCUCUGCGCUUCUCGCCGUCCUGCUCGCCUCCAGAUCAUCGUUCUACCUCCAGCAGCCUGCUUCUUCUCCCUACACCUCCCCCGGGGCGGAAGCGGAAGAGGGGCGGCACCACCACCGGCGCCGGGCGUGCGACGACCAGGCAAGGUGGGUUGCCAAGAUGGCGUCCCUGCACAACGCCACCCUGGUCCUCACCGUCGACCGCAAGGGCUGCGCCAACUUCACCAGCCUGCAGAAGGCCGUGGACGCCGUGUCCGACUACGCCGCGGCGCGCACGCUGAUCGCCGUCGACGCGGGCGUGUACGCGGAGAAGGUGGUGGUGUGGAGCAACAAGACGGGCGUCACGCUGCAGGGCCGCGGCAACCUCAACACGACCGUCGUCUGGAACGACACCGCCAACUCCAGCGGCGGCACCUUCUCCAGCGCCACCGUCGCCGUCCUCGCAGCCAACUUCGUGGCCUACAACGUCAGCGUCCAGAACACGGCUGCCCCCGCCGACCCGGGGGGCGCGGGCGGCCAGGCGGUGGCGCUGCGCGUCGCGGGCGACCAGGCGGCCUUCUACUGGUGCGGCUUCUACAGCUCGCAGGACACGCUGCUGGACGAGCAGGGCCGCCACUUGUUCCGGGGCUGCUACGUCGAGGGCUCCAUCGACUUCAUCUUCGGCAACGCGCGCUCCCUCUACCUCGGCUGCACCAUCAGCUCCGUCGCCAACGCCGCCGCGGACGGCACCGUCACGGGGAGCGUCACGGCGCACGGCCGCGCGUCGCCCGCCGAGAGGACGGGCUUCGCGUUCGUGGGCUGCACCGUCGUGGGCACGGGGCAGGUGUGGCUGGGCAGGGCGUGGGGCCCCUACGCCACCGUCGUCUUCGCCAGGACGUACCUCUCCGCCGUCGUUGCGCCCGGGGGAUGGAAUGACUGGAACGACCCCGCCAGGCAGCAGUCGGUGUUCUUCGGGGAGUACGACUGCACGGGCCCCGGCGCCAGCGGUGGCACCGCGCAGAGGGCGGCGUACGCGAGGCAGCUGGACCAGCGCCAGGCCGCGCCAUUCAUGGACGUCUCCUACAUCGACGGCAACCAGUGGGCAGUGCCCCCUCUGCUUCCGCCCAUGCAGAUGCAGGGCGCCGCCGGCGAGGACAUCAUCAUAUCUGCCGAAUUUAGUCAUGGCCAGGCCGGCAGCAUGUAA